AUGACCGAGAAAUUACCACCUGGUACUCUAUGUGCUGUAUGCGAGGAUCAAGCAACAGGGAAUCAUUACAAUGUCGCCUCUUGCAAUGGAUGUAAAACAUUCUUUCGACGAGCCAUUGUGAACAAACGCAACUUCGCCUGUAUGGGAAACGGGAAUUGUCCGGUGACGAAAGGUGUUCGAUGUACUUGUCGGCAUUGUCGUUUGCAGAAAUGUUUGGCCGCUGGGAUGGAUAUAAAUGCCAUUCAAAAUGAUCGUGAUCGAAUCGGUUACACAAAACGAACCCGUAAAUCGGAGAAAUCGAGUAAAAAGAUUAAGAAGGAGCUGAGUCCGGAUGUUGAUUGCGAUGCGUCGACAUCGGAUCAAAAUGAGCAAUCGAGAAGUCCUCCAUUGCAGCUUGAUCAUUCAGCGAGUGCCCUCGAUCCUCUACUCGAUCGUUUAACAUCAUUAGAGAACAAUUUCACUUUACUCCUUUCGCGCGGCCCCAUUGAACCCUAUAAAACAUUGGAUGAAGGACUGGCAACCCCGUCAAGAUUUCAUCAACCGAUUGAUGUAAAAGUAACAGACCCAAUCGUGACUCCAAAAGCCGGUGAUGAACAGAAAAAGAUGCCCUUUUGGCGAUCGAGGAUCAUUGCUUUGUAUCUUGAUUGGGCAAAGACGUUCUCCACUUUCCGAACACUUCCUCAGGCUGAUAAAAUAGCGUUAAUCACAAAUCAUGCCUCUUCUUAUAUGAUAAUGUGUGAAGCAUUUCGGACACCCGAUCACACAGAUGAACAAGAAGUCACGAAUCGGAUAUUGAGAGAAACGGCGUUGGGAAAAUUUGGUGACGCUGGAUUGAAAGACGCGAACGUGAAAGAUCUGGAUAUGAUUCGAUUGCCGACAGAGUACGGUAGUCUACCCGCCGAUUAUGGUGGCUGGUUGCCUCCGGAUUAUGGUCGUCCUUCGAUGGGUAAUGAAGGGAGAUCAACGAUGCACACAUUCUUUGAUCCAAAUAUUCUCAUCGAGAAACGACAAAAAGCCAAUGGAAUACCGAAAUUGGGAGAAGCCACCGAUAAUAAUUAUCCGAUUGCGGGCAGUCUCUCCGGUCUGACUCCAGUGAUGGCUUGCGUCAUUGAUUAUGUGAUGAGACCAUUCAGACAACUCAAUAUAUCGACCACUGAAUUUGCCGUUCUUCAAGCGAUCAUGUUCUUUGAUCCGGAUACGGAAGGCUUGGACGCGGCAUCGCAACGAAAUGUGAACGCGGAGCAGAGAAAACAUAUUGCUGCAUUGCAUAGAUAUGUGACUUCGAAUUACGGGGCGGAUUCGGCUCAUGAUCGAUUCACGAAUAUUUUGUUGAGAAUUCCGACAAUACGAAAAGUGGCGGCAAAAAAAAACGAAUCUCUUCAAAUCAUCGAUCUCUUCAAUCUUUUCACGCUAAACUCUUUGGUGAAAGAAACAGUCGGAAUACGAUCGAAUACGGCCACACCGAAUAGCUUGCACAAUGGAUCAGCGUACGUGGAG